AUGAUCUCUUUGCCUGAACUGUUGUGUCACAAUUUGACACUUGUGUCAAAAAGCUUUGUUGUGCAGGAGUCUGGAAGUCCUGGAGGGGAUUUGGGAGCAAAGAAGAAGAAAAAGAAACAGAAGAGAAAAAAGGAGAAACCAAAUUCUGGAGGCACCAAAUCAGAUUCUGCUUCUGACUCCCAGGAGAUUAAAAUUCAACAGCCUUCAAAAAAUCCAGCCAUUCCAAUGCAGAAGCUUCAGGACAUCCAGAGAGCCAUGGAGCUGCUCUCUGCUUGCCAAGGCCCAGCCAAGAACAUUGAUGAGGCCACCAAACGUAAAUACCAGUUUUGGGAUACACAGCCUGUACCUAAACUCAAUGAAGUUAUUACUUCACAUGGUGCGAUUGAACCAGAUAAGGACAACGUCCGCCUAGAGCCAUAUUCUUUGCCCCAGGGUUUUAUGUGGGACACAUUGGAUCUUAGCAAUGCUGAAGUUCUGAAGGAAUUAUACACACUAUUAAAUGAGAAUUACGUAGAAGAUGAUGAUAAUAUGUUUAGGUUUGAUUAUUCACCUGAAUUUCUUCUGUGGGCACUGCGUCCUCCCGGCUGGUUACCCCAGUGGCAYUGUGGGGUUAGAGUGUCUUCAAACAAAAAGCUAGUAGGAUUUAUAAGUGCCAUCCCUGCAAACAUUCGUAUUUAUGACAGUAUGAAGAAAAUGGUAGAAAUCAAUUUUCUCUGUGUCCAUAAGAAACUGAGAUCUAAACGGGUAGCGCCUGUGUUGAUUCGGGAAAUAACCAGACGAGUGAACCUGGAAGGAAUCUUUCAGGCUGUCUACACUGCUGGAGUGGUGCUCCCCAAGCCCGUGGCCACCUGCAGGUAUUGGCAUCGAUCACUGAACCCCAGAAAACUGGUUGAGGUGAAAUUUUCACAUUUGAGUAGAAAUAUGACUUUGCAAAGAACAAUGAAGCUCUACAGACUUCCUGAUGCCACAAAGACUUCGGGUUUGAGACCAAUGGAGCAAAAAGAUACUAAAGCAGUGCAAGAACUGAUCAACACUUACUUGAAGCAAUUCAAUCUUGCUCCUGUAAUGGGUGAAGAAGAGGUAGCCCACUGGUUCCUGCCUCGGGAUCACAUCAUUGACACGUUCGUAGUAGAGGGCUCAAAUGGUAUUUUAACAGACUUCCUGAGUUUCUACACAUUACCUUCAACAGUGAUGCACCAUCCUGUUCAUAAAAGCCUCAAAGCUGCCUAUUCCUUCUACAAUAUUCAUACAGAGACCCCCCUCUUGGACUUAAUGAAUGAUGCACUCAUUAUAGCUAAAUCAAAAGGAUUUGAUGUGUUCAAUGCACUAGACUUGAUGGAAAAUAAAACAUUCCUGGAAAAACUCAAGUUUGGGAUUGGAGAUGGCAAUUUGCAGUAUUAUUUGUACAACUGGAGAUGUCCUGGCAUGGAAUCUGAAAAGGUUGGUCUUGUAUUACAAUGAGGACAUUGGUGUUCCUAGAACUCUGAAGUCAUCGUUUGAGUUAUUUUGGUCUCCAUAGCAUCUCUUGGAACGGCGUUGUUCAAGAGGAGUAAAAGCACAAACGUCAGUCAGAGAUACUGAGAUAGUCCAUUAAAACCCGAACAAUGAGGGAAAUCCAUACGCGACCAAAUUUGUGCAUUUUCAGAUAGAUCAGAAGGUCCAUGAAACUCUUUUAUUGUCCAUGAAAAGAAUAAAAGCACAUUCAUUUAAGUCUCAAAGCUUAGCUUGCACCUUGAUGAGAAGAAGGUAUUUUUUUUCCACUCUGUAGAAAAGACUGUUUUGUACAAACUGAACUUCAGUGGUGGAUUAGGGUACAAAAAAUAUUUGCUAUUAUGUGGAUGAACUGCUGCAUUUCUAUUUAUUAAGUGGUGGURUAUGUUCGUCAGUGUAACAGAAUGAAGGAUACAAACUCGAGUAUCUUUGCUUAUUUACUUCACGUGGAUAUCAUCAUUUUGGGGAAAAUCAUGAAGUAUGAUACGUUUGUAGCUCUAUGAAAGUCCUGGAUGUUUUUGUAACCGGAGCAGUAUGACGAUGUACUGGUUUAACUAGUGCAUUUAUUUCUCCAUAAGCAAUGCUGCCAAAUCAAUAAAAAUACAGAUUUGUACUUUGAUCUUCAAUAGAUCAGUGGAUUGAUUUAACAGUAUCGCACUGUUCAGUGCAGGUGUUACCUAUGUUGCCGGAAUGAUUAUACAUUACUGUACUUAAUUUACAGUUGUGGCACAAAACUUAGUUUUUCCUCAGUAGAUUAACAUCAGCCUGUGUGUAAAACUAAGAGUUUUAGUAGUGCUAUCAGGAUAUUUAUAGUUUGAAUGUUUUCAAUGCUUCUGCAAAAUUGCACAUAUUCCUUUGUCUACUUUGAUUUCUUAUGAAGUCUGUAAUUCUAAUGAAAAGUAUCUUGUGUAAAUAAGUAUUCAUAACUUGUUCCUGGUAGUGUUUUUAUCCUGACUUUGGAGCAAGGAGUUGGCUGUACACGUGGCUGGCAAGCAGUCCUCGGUCCCUGGAGGCCUGUGUUCUGCUCUUCCUGAAAUGCAAGCGGGCUCAUGUUCUGGUGUGGAGGGAGAGCUGUUUUAAUUCCCUCGUGAAUGCUCAGCAACCAGAGUGGCUUCUGGAGCCACGUUCCAGCACGGUGUCACAGUUAGACACGGUAGCAGUUCUUUGGAUUUUACGUAUGCUGCAGUAAUACAAGCACCGAGAGGAGCUGCGGUGAGAAACUUGGAGCUGAAAGUGCCAAAGUGUGGUGGUGAAGCCUCUGUGCU